AUGGCUGAACCGGUCAAAGAUAGUUUUGGCGACCUGGAGCGCCACCGCGCGCGUCUGGAGGAGAAUGUGGAGAAACUCCGAAAGUCCUUGCAACACUGGCAAACGUGGGAAGCAGAAUACGAGGGGCUGAAGGAGGAAAUCCUUGCAUUCAAUGGAGAGCCUUCUAGGGAGCAGUUUCUUGCUAUUGGCAAUGAUUUUGGGGGAGAUCUUGUGAAUGAGCAGGAGAUCAAGGCUCUGCUUGGAGAUGACAAGGGUAUAGUGCGCACAAAGCGUCAGGUUGUGGAUUUAGUAGGCCGCAGAAUAGACUAUGUCCAACAAAAUGUAAAGUCCGUAGAGAAGCAAUUACAUACCGCGGAGGAAAAGGUCGAUGCCGUAAUGGUCCUGUAUCAGCCUGAAGUCAUGAAUGAAGACGGCUUACCUGUGACGGAAAUUCGAGAAGAGCUGGACGAAGAGGGCAAUGUCAUUUCGAGCAGCACGUCCCGAGCUUCGGACACGGCGCCGCAGGUUUUGGAAGCGUUGCGCAAAGCUGGUGUGGACAUUCCUUCUGGGAAGCCAUCGAAUGAGCCGCAAUCUGAGGGUUCGUCUAAGAUGGCGCCCAAAGAGCCUUCUGGAGAAAAGACCCAGAAGCCUGACACCGACGCCGCACAGCCUGUGCAGCCCCAAUCAGAGGCGAAAAAGACUUCUGGCAAGCCAGCGAAGAAAAGCGUCAGCUUUGCCGAAAAUGUUGAAGAGAAACCUACCGAAAAGCCUACCUCCGCUCCAACGCAAAAGCUGAACUUCGCUCAACUUCGACCAGAUCAGAGAAUCAUCGAAAUCAAUGAUAGCGAUGAUGAUGACGAAGAUGAACGUGAUCCUCCAGUCAUCCCAGAAAACGAGUCCUCAGAAGAUGCACAACUUCGUCGAGAGAUGCUAGAAUACGGCCUGAAUGAAGUUGGUUCUGUAGUUGCGGAGCUCGACCUUGAUGAGAGCGGCAGUCAGUUCUCCGACGGUGAUGACUAUGAUGAAUACGGAGAGGACGAAGAGGAUGAAGAUAAGUAUGGUAGAAGCACGAGGCGCGAGAUAAGCGACGAUUACCGGCAAGAAAUGCUUGAGCUUGAGAAACAGCUCAAUGCACGAAUGAUGCAAAAUGCUGGCCCAGGUGGAGAGAUCCCUCCUGACCUUAGGGCUACAGGAGCAGCUCAAUUCCACAUCAAAGACGAGGAAGUUGAGGAUGUUUCAGAAAAACCAAAGCAAAAGUCAGAAGAAGGCAAAAAGGGCGUUCGCUUUGCAGAAGCGCUUGACAUUGCGCCGCCUUCAAAACCUGUGGCUAAAGAGCCACCAGCGCCAGUAUCCGUAGACAAGGAUGCGCCACCUGCUAUUCAAGACUCAAUCAUCGAGCGGAAAGCGCCUGCGACUUCUGCUCCAGGACCGGCGGCUCCGGCCCCUCGGAGGGUAUCCAAGUUCAAGAGUGCGCGGCAGGCGGCGGACACCAGCCCAGCAUCAUCCAAAGAAACACCUCAACCUACCAAGGUAGCCAACGGGCCUCUUGCGAAUGGUAUCGUCGAGCGAAAUAACCGGUCAAGUGGCUCUUCGCUGCCGCUCUUCCCGGCAUCAGGGUCCAAGCCUAAGCAAUUCAUGGGACCGAUCAAGAUGGCGGAUGAGGAACGGACGCGUAAAGUGCCUGAAGGGCCUUCUGGGAAAACACUCGCCAACGCUGUUGUUGAGAACGACCCUUCCGCACUCGCACCGCCGUUUGACCCCGACGAGUUCGACCCCGCGCUUCUAGAACACCAAGUCGCCGUCGAGUAUCACAAGAUGCGUAACCGUAUGGUGCAGAGACAGGGUGGAUUCUUACCACAAGACGAAGAGGAGGAAAUUGUCCCUUUGGCACCAGAGGAAGGCGGUUCUGGAGAAAAGAAGAUGAGUAGGUUUAAAGCGGCGCGUUUGGCAAAGCUAGGCCAGUCAUAG